AUUCGGGCUUUGUAAAACAAACUCAUGGACGCCGACGACCUGAAACGGCUGCGCCCUCUCUGCCUCUUGUUCUGCCCGCACCCUUCCUCUGAAAGGCGAAGUUCAACGAUCUACCCUGAUCUGCCGUCUCCCACUCCCGAUGAGAAGGUUCCCACCCUUCCUCGUCUUCACCAUCGUUCUCUGCUUUCAUAAUUUUAGGUCCACCAGCUUCAUGGCUUUAAAAGGGGAAAGAACUUUGGCUAUGAUAAAACCAGAUGGAAUCUACGGGAACUUCACAGAUAGGAUAAAACAGGUAAUUUUGGAAAAUGGAUUCUUCAUUGUCCAAGAGUUGAUGGUCCAACUUGUUGUGGAAAAUGCAACACUUUUCUACUCCGAACAUUCAGCAAAGAGCUUCUUCCCAAAUCUUGUUGAGUAUAUGACAAGUGGUCCAGUGCUUGCUAUGGUUAUUGAGAAGACUAAUGGUAUCUCAGAAUGGCGUGCUCUGAUUGGUCCAACAGAUGCAGGCAAAGCUAGAGUUUCCCACCCACACAGCAUUAGGGCUAUGUGCGGAUCAAGUGCUCAGAGAAAUUGUGUUCAUGGUUCAGAUUCGGCUUUAGCUGCUGCCAGAGAAAUUUUAUUUUUCUUCGGAGAUAUCUCAGCUGGUGCUGGUGCUGCUGCUGCUGCUGCUGUUGAGCUUUAUAUUGGUCUAGAGACGGAUUGGUGGGAGCAUCGGAGGCAAACGAAUCGCCUUUUGCCACAUAUAACUGUUGAGCAUGAUGAACUCUGAAUUUUUUUAAAUGUAUUAGUUUCUUAAAUUUCUUAGAUACUAAGUAAUUGAUAAAGCACAAGAUACUUAUUUUAAGUUA